AUGGAUUACAAUCCUAUUCCUUUCGACCAUACUUACAUUCUUUAUGAUCCAGAUGACAUUUUGUCUGUGGCAAGUGUCCAUUUCUCGUUACUCCCUAUAUACAUCAUGGUCUUCUACACUGCAUGGUUUCUCAUUACGCGAGAGAUCGAGCCCGUUAUAGUUGUCGGUGGUCACCUCAUUAAUGAAGGUAUUAACAAGGUGGUCAAAUGUUUAGUGAGGCAGCCUCGGCCUGAGUUUCAUAAAGACUUUGGGAUUGGAACUUAUGGGUUAUCUUACGGUAUGCCUUCUGCACAUUCACAAUUUAUGGGUUUCUUUGCAACUUACUUUGUGUGCAUUGUCUUGUUCAGAGUACCAAUCAAGAAUAUGGGGAAGCUUAUUGCGGUUGUCAUGCUAUAUAUUUCUUGUCUCUGUGUGGCGUCUUCGAGAGUCUAUCUUUUGUAUCACACUGCUGCUCAGGUUGCUGUGGGUGUGACUGUGGGAGCUGUUUUUGGUUUGGUGUUUUUCAUAAUUCUGGCUCUUGCAAGGGAUGUGGGAAUAGUAGACUGUGUCAUUCUGUGGCCACUCGUCAAAGAUUUCUACAUAAAAGAUUCCUACUACCAUUGUUAUGAAACAUUUGAGAGCGAGUUCCUAUCAUACAAAGCCAGAAUCGAAAAAAAAAGAAACGUAAAAACUUAA